AUGAGGCUGCUCUUCCCUACUCUUGUGCUGGUCCUGUUCGCUGCCGCUCGUGCUGCUGAAGACUCCUGUGAGGGCCGCUGCGAGGAUGGCUUCGACGCGCAGCGCAAGUGCCAGUGCGACACCCUCUGUGUGUAUUACCAGAGCUGCUGCAGUGACUACUCCACUGUCUGCAAAGCCAAAGUGACCCGGGGAGACGUGUUUGCUUUGCCGGAGGACGACUAUCUCGACUACAACUUCAACGUCGACUUAGUCACUGAGGCAGCUCCCCCAGAACUGCCCACAUCCCUGCCGCCAGCGGAGCCCACGCUGGAGAGCAAUCCGGGCCCUGAGGAGACUCUGCCCGCGGAGGAGGUGCUCAGCACAACUCCGGGUUUGGUCUGGAAUCGGGACCCUGUAGAGAAGCCCGAGGAGCUGUGCAGCAGGAAACCUUUCGAUGCUUUCACCGACCUGAAGAAUGGUUCCUUUUAUGCUUUCAGAGGGAAGUACUUCUAUGAGCUCGACGAGACAAGCGUGCGGCCCGGCUAUCCCAAGCUCAUCAGUGAUAUCUGGGGCAUCGAGGGACCCAUCGAUGCAGCCUUCACGCGCAUCAACUGCCAGGGCAAGACUUACCUGUUUAAGGGCGGCCAGUACUGGCGCUUUGAUGACGGAGCCCUAGACCCCGGCUACCCGCGCAACAUCUCUGAGGGCUUUGAAGGCAUCCCCGACAACAUCGACGCAGCCUUCGCCCUUCCCGCGCACAGCUACCAUGGCAAUGAGAGAGUCUAUUUCUUCAAGGACAAGUACUACUGGUCCUAUGACUUUGCCCAACAGCCCACGCAGGCCGACUGUGAGAAGUCCUCCCCCUCCGCCGUGUUCAACCACUACGCCUUCAUGAACCGUGACAGCUGGGAGGACGUCUUCCAGAUCCUCUUUGGUGGCAGGAGGAUUCCAGACAAGUACUACCGCGUCAACCUGCGCACCAAGCGUGUGGACGUGGUGCAGCCCCGUUAUCCCCGCUCCAUCGCCCAGUACUGGCUGGACUGCCCGCAGCCUGGGGAGGAGAGCACCUGA